UCGGCUCAUUAGGUCCGUGGCGUUAGACCAGAAUAGUGUUUGAGAAGACGACCUUCUGUAGAGGUACCAUCGGGAAUAUGAAGAUUCUUUUGUACCUGACGGCGGUCGUCGUGGUUUGUGCUGCCCAGGAUUUUGGUCACAUCAAGAACCUGCAGGUAACGAGUGGUGACGGCUCCAUAACACUGGAGUGGGACUUCGUGGCAGGAGAUCCUACAUACAAGCUCCACAAGUACACUAUUCUUACCGAUAAUGACUUCAGCACUGAUUUCCGCUGCCCUGCUGCUCACUGUACAACCAUCAUAGACUACCUUGAUGCCUGCAAGGAACACACCUUUGAUGUGACUCCUGUUUUUGAUGACACAGUGAAUGGCGGGUCAGUUAACGGAGACACCUCCUCCAUCAGUGGCUUUACUAACGAUCUACCGCCGAGCUCCCCCUCCAACCUGAGGGUCCUCUCGGAGGACGACUCGGGUACAACUCUACAAUGGGACGCCCCCACCAAGAACCCAAUAUGUGUCCAGUCCUACAAGGUUUGCUACAGGCUGGAUAAGGACCCGAAACCCACCUGUGAGACGACGGAGGACACCACCAUCACCCUGGCUGGUCUACAAGCCUGCGGCGAGUAUCACGUGACUGUGACGCCCGUGACGCCCAGUGAUACAGAGGGACCCCAGCUGGAGCAGGACGUCACCACUGAGAAUGGAGUUGCCGGGCCGCCCCAGGACGUGAAGGUGGGAAUCACCACCGACAGCAUCAUCGAGUUGGAAUGGAAUGACCCUGCCAUCAACCCUCUCUGUGCUCAGGACUACUCCAUCACCUAUGGGGAGGUCACUUCUCGACCCCGCUUCGGCUACCACCUGGUGGAGGACGAUGAUGACUACGAUCACCACGCUAACAUCGGCCCCCUGGAGCCUUGUACUGAGUAUAUCAUUAGCAUAACUUCCAUCAGCAAGGACGGACAUGAGAGCGACCCAGUCAGCAGUCAGGCUUCUACUGAUGAUACAGAUCCUUUGCCGCCGAAAUUCAUUGUUGUGGACUCAUCCGGCCCCGACACCAUUGAAGUGAACUGGGGCAAGAACGAGGCUGACCGCUGCAUUGGAUACUACAUUAUCUGCUGGAACGCCAGCAACUCCCUGGACGAGACGUGUGUGAAUGUGACGGAUGCCAAUGGCAAAUACACCAUCACCGACCUCCUCGCUUGUACCCACUACGACGUCAGCAUCACUGUGGUCACCCCGGGAGGCAUCUUUAGUGAGACCGUCAGAAACUUCACCAACACUGGCGAAGCUGCACCAGGUCCCGUGGAGAACCUGAAAGUGGACGACAUCCAGACGACUUCGGUGGAGCUGUACUUCGAGGUGCCUGAGGUCAACCCGCAGUGUGCUGGUGAAUACGACAUCCGAGAGAUCGACCUGGACCACAAUGAUUAUGGAGCCAGAAGACUGACUGAUGAACACAGGAGGAACACCAUCUCUGGCCUCAAGCCCUGCUCCAACUAUAAGUUCCAGGUGCGCGCUGUUAGCUGGAACGGUGAAUAUAUCUCCCCCUGGCAGUCAGUUACAACCAAAACCACCUGUACCUAGUUGCAACAUCUGCUACAGGAGAUGAGUCAGCAGCGCCUACACCCUACUCUACAUCACUGACUACUGUGUCACACUCCGGUCCACUUCAUACUCAGCUCUAACACACAUCUACCUGAUUCUCAGCUGUCUUAGACACAAGGGAUUCACCGUUGUCACGGUUCUCUUGUCUAAGGCCACAACACAGUAAGGAAAUUGUGUUACUGACGUGUAAGAGAAUUGUAGAUGAUUUAUGGUGAAAUUAUCAUCAGUAGUAAAUCACUUACUCCUUCUCUGUUAAUCCUCAUAUACAGCAUAAACCAAGAGACUAUAUCAGGUAUUGUAAUUAUUAACAUUCUAGAACAUCAA